GUCACACUCACUCUGACUUUAUUUACGUACGACACGCUGUGGACGCUGUUAUUUUGUAUAAUUCUGUGGUAUUUUAGCUUGUGUGGUUAUUUCCGUAAAUUAUUUAUAAGUAGUAUAAACCUUGACAUAUAAGAAUCAUGGAAAGUAAAACUACAAAAAUGCCCAAAGUGGCAAAGGUGAAAAACAAAGCGCCAGCCGAAAUACAAAUUACUGCUGAACAACUUCUAAGAGAAGCUAAAGAAAGAGACUUGGAGAUUUUACCACCGCCACCAAAACAAAAGAUUUCUGACCCUGAAGAGCUGAGAGACUACCAACACCGCAAGAGAAAAGCAUUUGAAGAUAAUAUCAGGAAGAAUAGACUUGUCAUAGGGAAUUGGCUCAAAUAUGCUCAGUGGGAAGAAUCACAAAAGCAGGUCCAGAGGGCAAGAUCAAUUUAUGAGAGAGCUCUGGAUGUUGACCAUCGAAAUGUUACCCUGUGGUUGAAGUAUACAGAAAUGGAGAUGAGGAACAGGCAAGUGAACCAUGCUCGAAACUUGUGGGACAGAGCAGUCACUAUACUGCCAAGAGUCUCACAGUUUUGGUAUAAGUACACCUACAUGGAAGAAAUGUUGGAGAAUGUUGCAGGAGCCAGACAGGUAUUUGAACGCUGGAUGGAGUGGCAGCCAGAUGAACAAGCAUGGCAAACAUACAUAAACUUUGAACUAAGAUACAAAGAACUGGACAGAGCUAGACAGAUCUAUGAAAGGUUUGUUAUGGUGCAUCCUGAUGUUAAGAACUGGAUCAAAUAUGCAAGGUUUGAAGAAAAUCAUGGAUUUAUAAAUGGUGCCAGAAAAGUAUUUGAAAGAGCUGUUGAGUUCUUUGGUGAUGAAGAUCUUGAUGAAAGACUGUUUAUUGCCUUUGCUAAGUUUGAAGAAAAUCAAAAAGAACAUGAUAGAGCUAGAGUUAUUUACAAAUAUGCAUUAGACCAUAUUCCAAAAGACAGAAAUAAGGAAUUAUACAAAGCAUAUACAAUACAUGAGAAAAAAUAUGGGGAUAGGUCUGGUAUUGAAGAUGUUAUUGUAAACAAGAGGAAGUAUAUGUAUGAACAGGAAGUAAUUGAGAAUCCAACUAACUAUGAUGCUUGGUUUGAUUAUAUUAGACUGGUUGAGAAUGAAGGAAAUGUUGAUGACAUCAGGGAUACUUAUGAAAGAGCUAUAGCCAAUGUGCCUCCGUCUAAAGACAAGCAGUUCUGGCGACGAUACAUAUAUUUGUGGAUUAAUUAUGCUCUAUAUGAAGAAUUAGAAGCAGAAGACACUGAAAGAACGAGGCAAGUCUAUAGAACAUGUCUGGAAUUAAUACCGCACAAGAUAUUUACAUUUUCCAAAAUAUGGCUGAUGUAUGCCCAAUUUGAAGUAAGAUGCAAAGACUUAAAACAAGCAAGAAAGACCUUAGGUAUGGCUCUUGGAAUCUGUCCAAGAGACAAACUUUACAGGGGUUACAUUGAUAUGGAAAUUCAAUUGAGAGAAUUUGAUAGAUGUAGAAUAUUAUAUCAAAAGUUCUUAGAAUAUGGCCCAGAAAAUUGCAUAACAUGGAUAAAGUUUGCAGAGUUAGAAACAUUACUUGGUGAUACAGAUAGGGCUAGAGCUAUUUAUGAAAUAGCAGUGGGACAGCCAAGACUUGAUAUGCCAGAGCUGUUAUGGAAAAGUUACAUAGACUUUGAAGUACAACAAGGAGAAACAGAAAAGGCAAGACAACUCUAUGAAAGGUUGUUGGAGAGAACAGUCCAUGUAAAAGUUUGGCUUUCCUAUGCAAAGUUUGAAUUAAAUGCCGAAAACCCUGAUGAUAUCAAUGUAGAUCUAGCGAGGCGUGUAUAUGAGCGUGCUAAUGAUAGCCUCAGAAGUGCUGGUGAAAAAGAGGCCAGAGUACUUCUACUGGAAGCAUGGAAAGACUUUGAAACAGAAAUUGGUGAGGAAGAAAAACUUGAAAAGGUCCUAUCUAAAAUGCCACGAAGAGUUAAAAAGAGACAGAAGAUUAUUAGUGAAAGUGGUGUUGAAGAAGGAUGGGAAGAAGUAUUUGAUUACAUUUUCCCAGAAGAUGAAAUGGUUAGACCUAAUCUUAAACUUCUCGCUGCUGCAAAACAAUGGCGUAAACAAAAAGAAGUCUUACAACCAGCUGAAUCAGAAACCAAAACUAAUCAAGAAGAAACAAAGGAGGAUGAUAAUAAUGAUGAUGAUGAUAACAAUAGUGAAGAAGAACAAACACCUCCACAACCACAGGAGCAGAAUGAAAAAGAGGAUGAAAGUUAAUUUGAUGUUUAAAAUAAGAUCAAAAUAAAAGAUUUUCUGUAAUUUUA